ACUGCAUUCUGUGUUAUUUGCUUCGCGUAGGAAAAAAAUUGUACAGCAGUAGAGCACCUUAUCUGGUUUAUUCAAACGGAGUUAUACUUACACAGUUAUGUCUUGCAUGGAACUGCUGCUGCUAAGUUAACAAAUUUCACGUCACAUGCUGGUGAUGAUUAACCUGCUUCCGAUUCUGACAUGGUGCAAUAUUCACCACUUGAUAUUGUGCUGCUUAGUUUCUGCAAUGUUGUUCUGAUUUGUUGUGCUAAACUUCCAUGAGGCCUUUUAGAACAGCAACGGAGGGUUAUAUUGAGAAGGUCUUUGGAACUGUUGUUUAACUUAAAAUGACUGACUAGACCUUGCAAUCAGUGCUAAAAUGGCAAGAUCUGCUGCCAGCCUUGAAGAAACGUGGCCACACAAAACCCGUGAGCCUGGAUUUCCCCUUUCUAUGCAUCAGCGGUAACCAGGUCACAGACAGAGGGAUUGAAGGUUUCAAACUACAGUGAUGUUAUCAAGCUGGUUGGGCAGCCAUUCAGAUUGUAGAAUUCCGACAGAUGCACCGUUAUUGAUCAUGGAUGAAAUUGCCUCAAGUGACAAGGAAAUAAAAGAUCUGGACGAAGAAUCAAUAUGGGACCUAAUUGAAAGCCAACGCCACAUAAUCACCAAUAAUGUUCGACCCUGCCACGUCACACCCUUUCUUCGCCAGUGUCACGUCAUUGGGGAGACAGAUGAGGAAGAAAUUCUAUUUGCCCCUCACCUUAAGCACCGGUGCAUGAGAACUGGAUAUAUGCUUGAUCUUUUGAGAACACGUGGAAAGAAAGGAGCUGUUGCCUUUUUGGAGUCUUUAGGUUUCUAUAAUCCUGAAAUUUACACGUUAAUAACUGGAAAAGAACCCACGAAGGAUUGUAGCAGUAUAUUUGUCGAAAAAGGAAAUUUGAAUUUGAUUCAGUUUCUAAUGAAUGAGGUAAUGAAGGCUCAGAAGUGGUUAGGAGAAGAAAAAUGUAUCAAGCAUCGGUUGAAUGAAAAAGUUCAAAGCAUGGAAGAACAAAAUCAACAACUGAAGACUGAGCUCAAAAGUUUAAAGGCAGCUGAGCUUAACUUAAGCAGAAUGAAAAUGGACUGGAAUCGUCACCAUGAUGAAAUGAUUCGUCUGAAGGAAGAAAAUUAUCAGAUAUUAAUGCGGUAUACAAACGCUCUCCAGGAGAAGGAGAUGUCUGUGACACGAAGCAGAGAGUUGCAACAACAGGUGGACAAUCUUACAAUGGAGAAUAAGAAGCUAAUAGUGGAAUUUGAUGUUGAACGAAGAAUGUCAUCAAAGCUACGUGAAGCAUUCAAGCCCAAACAAGAAGAACUUAUACAUUUAAAAGAAGAAAUUGAUAAACUGAGAUUCAGGAUCCAGGAAUUACAAAUGAACCCAGUGACAAUAGAUAUCUUGGAACAGGAUCGUGUAGAAGCUCAGGAAGAUAGACAGGAUUUACUGAAAGAAAUGAGUUCACUGCGCUUGGAACUGGACCAGGCCGAGCAACUAAGGAAUGAGUAUUUAGAUGAGAAAGAAAAUAUGUUCAUGGAAUGUGCCACUUUGAAGAUCGACUGUGAUAUGUACAAGGAUAAAAUCAGCUCACUCCAGUCACAAGUCUUAGAACUACAAAAGGAACGUGAUGAGGCUUAUGCGGCGAGGGAUGAAGCCCAAAUGCAUAUCAGCAGAAUGAUCAUAGACAAGGAUUUAUGCCGUCGUGAAGUAAUUGAACUUCAGGACACGUGUCGUCAGCUGAAUAAGGAAAUUCUACAGAUAAAGACAAGCAAAGACAGGCAGGAGAAAAUGAACAUGGGUUAUAAAACCCCACCGCGUCAGAAACCCAAACUGAAGCGUCUCCAAGCAGUGAAUCCCAGAACCAUCAGCUAUGAGAGUGAUGCCAGCAACAGCAGCCAGAAUGAUUUCUACACAAACCUAAAGAAAACUGAAAGCUGUGAGUCACUGAGCAGUGUCAGUUCUUACUGCGUUGAGCCACCGAGCAAGGAAUCUAUCUAUAGACGGCAAAAUGAAGAUGACAUGGAAAGAUCAUUUAGCAACAGAAAUUCUACUGAUGAUGAAAUUUUCACAUCAGUGGAUGAUAGUGCUGGUACAGACAGUUGCACUGAAAAUGUUCCUGAUGUCAUACCAAACAAACUGUCUGAAUCAUCCACUCAAAGAUUACCAACUGGAGCCAAUCCAUCAUCUGGGCAAGACCGGCUUUUUCUUCCCGGACCUUCACAAGCAAAAUCAAUGAGAGGGACUUCUUUAUUUGAAUUCAACGGAGAUGGCAUUCUGGAUCAGAUUGAAAUAAUUGGCGGGAAUGCAACAGGAAUAUUCAUUCACAAAAUUAAACCUGCAUCUCCUGUGCAUAACAGUGGUCUUGAACCAGGAUUUCAGAUCAUGAUGGUGGAAUUCAGUGGCAGAGACCAAACAAGGAUCAUACUGGAGGAUGCCAGUUUAGAGGAGGCUGUCUGGAGCUUGAAGCAGAUUAAAGGAAUAUGCUGCAUGGCCAUAAGACACAACAGUCAGGCUUAUCAAACACUGGUGGCAAAUAUUGAAAAAAAGAUCAUUACCUCAGGGGAUUCCUUCUUCAUCCGAGUCAACAUGGCACUUGAUAAAAACAGUGGAGCCCUGGGUGAAUUUCUUGUCCAAUGCAAUGAUAUCUUACAUGUCACUGACACUAUGUACAGGGGCUCUAGUGAGUGGAAGACAUUCAGAGUACAUCCCCACACAAUGAUUGACAUGGAUGGUGGUUCUGUUCCUAAUUACUACAGGGCUCAACAGCUGUUGAUAGGAACAAUUCAGAAUAUGACUCGACAGAUUCCUUUGCUUAAAAAGCAAAAGCAGAAAAGUUCUUCCUCGAGUCAAAAUAAACUUGUGCGAAUUGUCAGUACAGACAAAAGUCAAAGAAAUCCACUGUGGUUAUCAUUUGACUAUGGCAUCAUCGACCCUGACAAAGAGCAAGGUAGCCAGCCUGUUGGAAAUUGCUUUACUUUAAUGCCUUAUUCACUGGUCAGGCCUUGCCAUCCACCAUCUCUAAGACCAGUGAUUAUAGCACCCACUCGAAUUGGAAAAGUUGUGCUUGAGAAACUGAAAGAUCUACCGGAAUAUGAAAAAUGUAUAUCUGAGUGCUUGAACAACACUGAGUAUACUGAGAAAAACAAAAGAGGAGAAAUUUUGGGUGUGCAAGAAGCACAGAAUUUCCUUCGAUCCUGUUACACAAGGAAGGGAGUCGAGACAGUAGUUGCCAAGAAUGUCCACUGCCUGUUGGAACUCGGUCUGGACUGUGUGAAACAGUUACAUAAUGUUGAGAUCUAUCCCAUUAUCAUUGUCAUUCACCUCUGCGAAAAGAACAUUAAGAAAAUUAAAAAAAUCUUGCAGAAAUAUGGAGUUACAGAGGAUUUGCUGGUGGAGUGCUCUCGAAGGGAGGAGAUUUUACUGGACACACUUCCAUGCCUAUAUAAAUGUAUUCCUGAUAGCUGGAGCGAUCUUGAUUCACUUGUAACUACGGUAAAAGCAGCAAUAAAGGAUGAGCAAAAGAAAAUUGUCUGGAUUGAACAAGCACCACUCUAAUAUACAUACUUUUCUAAGGACUUUUACUGAGUGAAUCUGUGGCUAAUUUUUUCCCUUGUUCUCAAUUCUAUAUAUGCAAGAUGGAUCAUAAAGGAAAUUCCAACUCGUGCUCAGAAAAAGCACACUUUUUAAAUGUUCACAAUUGUUCUAGUCUUUAUGAUACAUUGAUAAAUGUCUAUUGUAUAGGUUCAAAGGCACUCAACCUCCCUCCCUGCUCCCACCUUCCCUUUAAUUCAUUCCUGGCUAGUUUUCAUCAUCAUAAUUUGAGGGGAAAAAAGAUACACGUUAACUCUUACAACAGGAAUUCUGCAGGUGCUGGAAAUUCAAGCAACACACAUACAAGUUGCUGGUGAACGCAGCAGGCCAGGCA